AUGUCGCUAUCCAUCGACCUCUCAGAAGUGCUGACGGAUGAAGAGAUUCAGCUGUUGAGUCGACCAUUAGGAGGGCAGGAGGAGCCUUUCGACUGGCAACGUUUAUGGGAUACUAAGGGUGUUGACUGGCAGUACGACGCUUAUGCCUGUAGAGGUGCUUGGUGGAUUGGAGCCAGGGAUCGUGACCAUCUAGAAGAAAGCGAAGCACGCCUCCGCGCUGACUGGAUCAACCGGAUUGCUAAGCGACGAGCUCGUUCGACAGGUCAGGGAAGACAAAUUGAAAUCGAAAGGUGUAGAAAGACGAGAGACAGGAGAAAAGAGCAGGGAAAGCUGCAAAGACCAGCAACAUACUCACAACUUGAACUGAGCUCCUUACAACUUUCAGGCAACAGCAAUGAAGCUACAAGUGCAGAGGACACUAUAGACGCAUGGGUUGGGAACACCAUCAGCUCGAUAUCUAGCAGCAACUCUUUCACGACUGACUCAUUUGGCCGGGUCACUGCAAUGCAACAAAGGGAAGAGUGUCUGUUGGAAGAGCAAGACAUAGAAAAGCUCAAAAGACCAGUGCUACAGAAAUCACAAACUGCCCCCUUCCGGUGGCAAAUUUACUCAUUUCCGCAAGCCACUUUCAGCCGUGGCAACUACAAGUUUUGUUCUUGUGGUCAUGACUACUACCUCAAAGCUCCGCCAUCAUGCCUCGACAAUAUUGAGAAGGAAAGACACAAGAUAAUCCAUGGUUGGGUUACAAGGCAAAUGUGUCAGGAGAUGCCCUGGCUCCGAAAUCCCAUUGCCGCUCAUCUCAUUUCGACGUUUAUUGCAAGAAACGGCCAAUGUUGGACAGAACGCUAUGAUACGAGCGGGGAGCGCCGCAAACACAAUAAUAGACUAGCCAACAGGACACUACGCAAGAAACAACCGACAAGGGAAACCCAUAUUGAGCCGGCUGAAUCACGGGGACAGAAGAGACAGACCGGUGUCCUAUCGAUAUCGUCGCAGUCCAACAAAGAUCUUCUAGACCCACAGGAGAACGGAACGUCCUCUAUGAUACUAUUGGAGCUGUCCAGAGACCAAGAAGAGACAGUCCCGUUCCCGCUUUUUGGGACGAAUGAAGAAAGGGCUUUUGAAUCACAGAAUGAUGAUUUUUCUGCUAUCUACCCUAUGUCGGCCUCUUAUGCUCUAUUGCAAAACACUGAAAAUGGGCCAGUACCCCAAAAUUGGGCUCUUCAGUCCUACGAUGCUGCUGCCACAGCACCUAUACUUUCGUGUUCACAGCCUACAGACGUAGGUGAAGUAAUGCUACCGGAACCAGACAUGUCUGUACCAAGUCAACGCUAUCAUACCGAAAGUCAAUGGGUGGGAUCUUUGGAUCCGUCCCUGCACUGCUCCACUGAACGUCCUGUAUCCACGGUCGAGGCUUUGCAUCCAGAGUCUCACCGAUCGCGCUUACCCUCCAGUGGAUCAAUAGCUCAAGCAGGGGGGAAACUCGGUAACCUGUUUGGAAGAACUAGCUUAACAAUCGAUCCAUAUCGAUUGAUAUGGAGAAAUGGCGUCAUAAGGAUGUAUAUCUGGAUUUGCGAGGUCGCUUUAUGCAUGCUAGUACGGUCAUUCCAAAGCGUUGAGAAGCAAAACGACGCGGCCCAGUUCCCGCGUGUUUCACUUGGUGAAAGGAAGGCGGCACCGAUCCCAAGGAAGCGCGAGUCCAAGCUUCUCAAGCUCGCUGGGAGGAUUGACUACAGUCUGCGUUCUGACUUCUUAUACUUUAUCAAUGUUAUCGACAUGUCUUACACAUAUGAGCAUCUUCGAAGAUCGCCAUGCCUUCCCUCCAUCCCCCCUCGAGUCCCCCGCCUUCCUCCGCCACCAUGUCAAAGCAGAGAACUUCCGUACAGCCGAGCGGUAGUUGAUAAGCUGCUUGAAAGACCGGCACGCGAUGAUAACGGCAGGAAAUUUCCCUUCAAAAACUUUCUGUUAUACCGAGAUCACAAGCCAAACUUCGAGGUCUGCCGUGAUUGUUGUGUCAAUUGGUGGGAACCAGCAGGGAAGGGUUGUCGUGACGAGGUCAAGCUGUUCAGGCAUAAGCAUCUAAGCAAACUUGUCGAGAUAGAAAUGCGUAAAGAAUUUCCUGACCUAGAGACUCUGCCGCACCUUUAUGUACCGUUCGUUCAGAAUCGCGGAGAGGACUGGGUGGUCCAAAAAGGACGGCUCAUUCCUUCUCAGGAGCAGAAAAUGGCACGUCAGCAUGACUUCAACAUAUUUCAGAGAAAACAACGGCAACGUAUUCGCGACUCUAAGCUUGCCGAAAGCUUGGACCCUUCGAUGACAGAGACUGACGAGUCAAGUCAAUUUGGAGUCUCUCCCUCGAGCUCAGAAGGGACGAAACCGUCUUACGGCCAGGUAUUCAUCUGCGGGCUACCUUCAUCUGCUAUCGACAAAGCCUGGACUGGCAGUGAUGCAAACCUCACAACGUUGAGUGCACUAUGUUCUCCCAAAUCCUCCGACACCGGCAAUACCUCGACCCUAUCCCAGUCGUCACCAGCAGACUUUCAUUCCGAUCUGUCAUUUGGCCAUCUUACCGCCCAGACGACCGCAUCAUCUCAAACAGCGAUAGCGGAAGAUCCUGAUCCGGAAGCAAGGGAGUGGUCUCUGAAAGUCACCGAACAUCCUUGGCUGGGGGGUCUGGUCUAG